AUGGUGGAGCCGAUGCCAGACGGCGAGUCGCUGGCGGCUGCCUCGGGCAAGCCGCUGAACUGGGGCUACCAGGUUUACAACUGCUUCACGUUGAUGUUGAGUUGCAUCAUUUUGUUUUGCGUGUUGUUGAUUCAUGAGAUGUCGCGUUCGGCGUCGGUGCUCCCGCACGCGUUCCAGAUGAUCACGCUGCGCAAGCGGCGGAUGUUCUGCUUCGAAGUUGACAUAAGCUCGGGGCCGUGCGCGCGGAAAGUCCGCAUGCAUUACAUGUGGCUGCUGCGCACAGCGAUCCUCGUCGUGGGGUGCUACGUUUGGCAGACGUGUCUGCUGUCCUACUGGGCGAUCGACUACCGCGACACGUCCGCGCGCGCGAGUCUGGUCACGGCGUGCACCGUGGAUGACGCGGACUGCUUCGGCUCGCGUCACAACUACGACUUUUUUUCAGUCAACGCCGCGCCGCCGAAUCUGUGCGUCAAGUACUCCUACGAAGACCUCCGCACCGAGCGGAUCCAAGAGGAGAUCCGCGAAAACUACCGCUACAUCACCUGCAUCGGCUUCGUGCGACCCGACACGCUGACCUACACGCAGCACCUCGCCAUCGCCUACGCGCUGACCAAAAUGAUCAUCACGCUCUUUGAAGUCCUCGUAUGGUUCCUUUACCGCAGCCGCUCCAGCCUGCUCGCCAUCGUCGUCCUUGUCGUCGGCAUCAUCUUCCUCGGCGUCUGGGUCGGGAGCAUCUUCAUCCCCCGCCUCCUCACCUUCUUCGGCUCGUGGAUCGGCUACGUCAUGCUGCUCUCCGUCCCUCUCGUCCUGUGGACUGCCCUCAUGGCUGCCCACAACUUGCGAAAAAUCCAACACCAGAAGUGGACGCUGUGGCAAAUUCAGGCCAAUAGGCCCGUCGCGACGGCGGAAGAUCCUGCCGGCGAUUAUCGGCGCGUGCGGUCUAGCUCCGCCAUGUUAGACGCAGACUACGGAGACGAGACGCGGUCCCCGGGCGCGGGCUUCGAGCCCCGGCAUCCGAGCGAGUACGUGCCCUCACCAAGGCAAAAGGCUCUCGCGUCGCCGUUUGUGACGAGCGCCGCGGCGGCGCCGGCGGGUAGCGCGUUCCUGCAGAAAGCCUCGCACAAGAUGAGUCUGCGCUUCGCGUCUGGCGUGCGCAGUGCGAUGCCCGCGCGCUACCAGCUCGCCUCUACUGAGAGCGAUAACGGCGGAGGCGGUAAGAAGGACGAGGACCUUCUGAACAAGUUGCGAAAGCACGCCUCGUUCUCGAAAAAAGACAAGAGCGAAAAAGACGCGGAGGUCAACGAGAAACCCGAGGACGAAAAUGCGCAGCUGCUCCCGGGGGGAGGAGACCGCAACAAGCAGGCAGACGUAGACGCAGGUGAGGCAGCGAACGACAAGAAGGACGUGUAG